CAAAGUAUGAGUAUCACAUAGCAACACAUUGUUACAGUUGGCCACAAUAAAGGAGACGAGGGAGAGGGAAAAGAUCACAACAAUGAAGGUGCUGUAAAUGAUAGACAAUUUAAAGUUUGCUUUUUGACUUUUUGACAAAGCUUUCUCAAAACUAGGAUGGGCAGAAAUGCUUACAUCAACUUUUACAUAUGGUAUUACAAUGAGCAUCGUGGUCAGGCACCUGUGACAACGAUAGCUAAAAGAGCAGGGAUAACAUGGCGCAAGAUGACACCACAAGAGAGAGAUCGUUUUACCGACAGAAACUACUUCCCAAAAGGGAAUGUUCCCUUAUACCUAGAAAAACGUAAGAGAAGUCCUCAUUCUUCUGUGGCAACAAAAAUGCAGUAUAAGAAAGGAAUGAAGACUUCAAGAAAAUCAAAUCAGAGGAAUCAUUUAAAACGAAAAGCAAAUGGAAAAAUAAAAGAAACAGCAAGAAAAGAGGAAAUUCAAGUAAAUUCUAACAAUCAAAUACAAGAAGAGAAAAAGAAAGUAGAAACGAGGACUGAACAGAAAGAUGAUAAUGAUAAUGAAAACACCGAUGAAGAAGAGGAGCCACAAGAAAUUACUGCAAAACGUAGAAGUAUUGAGAGAUGGAUGGAUGAAAAUCAUUACACCUAAAGCCAUCACGUAACAAAGAAAUUUAAAUUGAACGAGUGCCAACAACCCUAAUAUGAAAAUAUCUAUAAAUGUGACGGAAAAGAAAACUUACUCGUCCA